AUGUUAUUGCAGCUGUUGACGAAUUUGAUGCAGUUGUUUGAUAGUACUUUUGUAGUGCUAGACAUGACUGAGAAGCCUGUGAUAUCACAAUUCAUGAGGGAUAAGGCAAGUCGAACGAGACUAGCAAUCGAAUCGUAUUAUGCACAAGUCGUUACUCAGGCUAUUGAACGUGAAUCGCGGGCUAAACGAUUGGAAGAGAAGAUGACAGCUGAAGGCAUCAAUGAGGAUGAAAAGGAGAAACGACGGAAGAUUCAAUACGCGAAAGAGACGGAUUUCCUUCGUCUGAAACGGACUCGCUUAGAAGUAACUGAUUUCGAAAGUUUGAAGGUUCGUUUGGUGCAGAAGAUCGAUAGUGGUCAUAUCUAUGCUAUGAAAAUCCUUCGAAAAAGUGAAAUGUUAGAGAAAGAACAGACUGCCCACGUGCGAGCUGAACGGGACAUUUUAUCAGAAGCGGACUGCGAGUGGGUAGUAAAGAUGUACUAUUCAUUCCAGGAUUUCGCUAAUUUGUAUCUUGUUAUGGAGUUUUUACCUGGAGGGGACAUGAUGACACUGCUCAUAAAAAAGGACACUUUAAGUGAAGAAGCAGCACAGUUUUAUAUUGCUGAAGCCGCACUCGCUAUCCAGUUUAUUCAUAAUCUAGAUUUCAUUCAUCGCGACAUAAAACCUGACAAUUUGCUCCUUGAUGCACGGGGUCAUGUAAAGUUAUCAGAUUUUGGAUUAUGUACCGGCCUGAAGAAAAUUCAUCGCACCGAGCACUACAGAAACUGGCCUUCUCAGCUGCCUUCGGAUUUCGUUUCCAAACCAGUCGAAUCAAAACGUAAGGCAGAGACAUGGAAGAAGAAUCGGAGAGCCUACGCAUAUUCAACGGUUGGUACUCCUGAUUAUAUUGCGCCAGAAGUAUUCCAACCAAAUGGCUACACAAAAAGUUGUGACUGGUGGAGUCUUGGUGUUAUUUUAUAUGAAAUGCUUAUUGGAUAUCCACCAUUUUGUUCGGAGACACCACAGGAGACCUACCGAAAAGUGGUAAAUUGGCAGCAGACUCUGGUAUUCCCACCUGAGAUGCCCAUCAGUGUUGACGCGAAGACAACUAUUAAGCGAUUUUGUUGUGAACCGGAACGUCGAAUGGGUCACAAUGGAGGUCUGGAAGAGAUUAAGCAGUGUAUAUUUUUCAGACGUGUCGAUUGGAAUCAUAUUAGAGAGCGACCAGCGCCUAUCCGAGUGGAGGUGAAAAGUAUUGAUGAUACCAGCAACUUUGAUGAUUUUCCAGACGUCGAUUUACGAUGGCCAGCUCUUACUGUGCCAGAGAAGCCGGAGGAGCAGCCUGGUCAUCGGGGAGAGUUUGUUGAUUUCACUUAUAAACGAUUUGACGGACAUACACAGAAGAUGCGAUACAACGAAAUGCAGAAGGUAUGUUUGUGGAAUAAGUAUUCAAAGGCAAGAACAAUUAUGCGCUUUCCAUUGUAA